UCCAACUCCAUGGAAACGGCGCGUAGCGUUCAUUUCCCUCAAAGCCAAAAAUGAGAUCCGCUUCAUACAGAAAUACUUCAGCCAGAUUAGUUUAAAAUAUUACAAAUUAAUAUUAGUUAGGUAGAGAUUUGCUGAGAGUGACCAUGAGCCGAACACCCGACGCAAGAGCAAGGGACACACAGACCAAGCAGAUCCAGGAGAGCAUCACCCAUGUGGAGAAACACUUUGGAGAGUUGUGUCAACUUUUUGCAGCAUAUGUGCGUAAAACUGCCCGGCUGAGGGACAAAGCUGAUGUGCUGGUCAGGCAGAUAAGCCUUUAUGCAGACACAGAAACGCCAAACCUAAAAAAUGGAUUGAAGAAUUUUGCAGACCAACUUGCCAAGAUUCAGGAUUAUCGCCAAGCAGAGGUGGAAAGACUUGAAGCUAAAGUCGUCGAGCCUUUGAAAGGCUAUGGUACUGUUGUGAAAAUGAAAAGGACAGACCUGAAGCUGACCCAAAACGCUAGGAACCGAGAGGCAAAGCAGAUGCAGCAGCUGGAGAGAAUGAGACAGAGAAACCCCUCAGACAGGCAGAUCAUUUCACAGGCUGAGAGUGAACUCCAGAGAGCCACAAUGGACGCUACACGCACGACUCGCCAACUGGAGGAGACAAUAGACGUGUUUGAAAAGCAGAAAAUUCAAGAUAUCAAGAAAGUAUUUGGGGAGUUUGUGACCAUAGAGAUGAUGUUCCAUGCCAAAGCUUUGGAGGUGUAUACAACUGCCUAUCAGCACAUCCAGAAUGUGGAUGAGGAGGGAGAUCUAGAGGUGUUCAGGAGCACGCUGCACCCCCCAGACUAUCAGUCCCGCUUAGAGAUAGUCCGUGCUAAUUCUAAAACUUCCUUGAAUCGGACUGGCACAUCCAUGAGUAAAUCGGGGACCUUACAGUCAAGGACUCCAAAAGCACAGAGGAAAAGGGAUGAGGAGGAUGAUGAGGAUGGUGAUGAGGAAGAGGAUGAAGAUGAGGAUGAUGAUUUGGAGGAUGUUACAGAUGAUGAGAAUUAACCUGAGUAUUCAGCAUGAACUUAAAUCUGGCGUUACAGUGUUUUACAACGUUGUGAUUUAGUAUUUUAUACAGUGAUCUUACAUUAAACUCAUAAAAUAAAACUCUGUUUAUAUAACCAGCAGUAAUUAUUGUUAUUAUUUGCUAGAGUAGUACAUGUAAAGUUUUUUGUAAAUAUUUUUUAUAUGAAUCUUAGAAUGAUAUUAGGUAAUAGUUUGGCUGUUGUUGUGAAAAGGACCAAAAGUAUUUGAGUGACUAAAAUGAUUUUUCUAAUUUCUCUUGCAUGAUGUGCUAACAUUUCUGGUUCCUGGCCACAUGAUGUUGGACAGUGUUAAAACUUCAUGGGGAAUUCUACUGAUUUUUCUAAACUGCUGCAUAUUUAAAUUGUUAAGAUGUAGUUAUUAAGUCAUUCAGAGCGAUUUGAUGUGAAAUGCUCCAGAGCUUGCAACUCUUUAGACAUCUGGUUCCUAUAACCACCACUGUGAGCAAUUCUUACUCAAUAAAUUUCUCUAGAAUGGAGCAUUAUACUCCAAAAUAUUCUGAAUGAGUUUGUUUACAUCUUAAACACUUAAUUAUGCAAAAAUGUAGACAAAUCAUUGAAGUUUCCCUCAAAUGCCUUAUAAAAUGUCAAGCAACCAAAUAAACCGGUUUUGUAUGCUA